AUGGUUGAGAACAAGAUCACUCAGUUCGACAAUAUCUACUUCAACCUCUCCAAGUCGCACGGAAAGCUCCGACUUGCGUCGUCUGGUCUCGGUUGGAAGUCUUCCACUGGCGGCAACCCCAUCACAAUUGCCUCCUCCGAUCUGAAACGUGCAACAUGGUCAAAGGCAGCUCGCGGGUGGGAGUGCAAGUUGGUCUUGCGAAAGGGUGAUUUCAUUCGUAUGGACGGUUUCCAGGAGCAGGAUCACAGAAGUUUGGAGGAGGCGCUGAAAGAUAACUUUGGAUUGAGCAUGGAGUCAAAAGAGCACGCUAUUCGAGGCUGGAAUUGGGGAAAGACGGAGUUCGAUGGACAAGAGCUCGUGUUCAAUGUGUCGCAGAAGCCAGCAUUUGAAAUUCCUCUCUCGACCGUUGCGAACACCAACCUUUCAGGAAAGAAUGAAGUCGUGCUGGAAUUUGCUCUUCCAGGCGAUUCGGGUGACAAGGACGACGCUGCAGAUAUGGACGAGUUGGUCGAGAUGAGAUUCUUCGUACCCGGACAAGCCAACAACGAGGACGCUUCUGACAACGAAGCCGAAGAUGGUGAACAAGUCGACGCAGCAACGGCACUAUACAACGCUAUCAAGGAUAAGGCAGACAUCGGCGCCGUCGCAGGAGAAUCCAUCGUCACAUUCUCCGACACCCUCUUCCUCACCCCCCGUGGACGCUACGACAUCGAUCUCUACCCCUCCUCCCUCCGUCUCCGCGGAAAGACCUACGAUUACACCCUCCCCUACACCUCCAUCUCCCGUCUCUUCCUCCUCCCGAAGCCAGACCUUCAGCAUAUUCUCUUCGUCGUUGGAUUGGAACCCCCGCUUAGACAAGGGCAGACUCGAUACCCAUUCUUGGUUGCGCAGGUGCCUGGUGAGGAAGAGAGCGAGGUGGAGCUCAACCUGGAAGACGAUGUGUUCGAGCGUGAAUACAAGGACAAGUUGCAGAAGAAGUACGACCAGCCCACGUAUGAAGUCAUGGGCUCGCUUUUCAAAGGUUUGACCAGCAAGAAGGUCAUCACGCCGAGUGUGGCGUUCCGUGGUGCACACGGUCAGGAGGGUAUCAAGUGUUCCAUGAAGGCGAACGAGGGACACUUCUUCUGUCUCGACAAGAGUUUCUUGUUUGUGCCUAAGCCGACUACUUAUGUCCCUAUCUCUGACGUUUCAUACGUUACUCUAUCUCGUGUUGGCGGCGGCUCAGCGAGCAGAACGUUCGACCUUACCUUCACCCUCAGUGGCAGUAAGGGCGAGAUUGCACUCUCGAAUAUUAACAAGGAGGAGCAGUCACCGCUCAUUACUUACCUCAAGCUGAAGUCGAUUAAGGUCAAGAACGAGAUGACUGAGGAUACAACGCAGUUGAUCAAGCAAGCUUUGGCUGAGGAGGCGGACAUGAGCGACGAUGAUGAGGAUGUUGUCAUGAAGGAGAGGGGUGCUGACGAUGAUGAGGAUGAGGAGUCUCCUGAUGAGGACUUCGCGGCUGACGAUGACAGUGAUGAUGAUGCGCUGGAGUACGAUUCGGAUGCUUCUGUGGCGGCAAGCAGUGGAGAUGGGGAGGACGAGUAG